AUGGGUUCGGGUAGUCACGGGCAAGUGCCACGUCCCGGAAACUCAUUGCUGGGCAGGGACAGGACAAGCAGACGCAGCGCGAAUGGCGUCAAUCGCAGAUUGUCGGACUCGGAGGUUUGCGCGCCGGUUGAGAGGCCGCGGCGCGAGCGGUGGUGGCCGCUGAGGCCAAAAGCGCGCACGCUGACGGCGGACCAGCUGGUGUUCGCUAUCGACGUUUUUCAAAACAGCUUCUGGGUGCUUUCCUGCUCGCUCAAAGACCUAAGCGGCACGAAGCCCUAUCACCACUUCUUUUCCGUCGCCACCGGCUUCCCCCCCAUCGACGGGCCCCCCGGCGCGUUCAACCGCGCGAAGCGCGCGCGCGCGCCGACGGAGUACGAGCUGCCGGCGGACUGGGUGGACGCGCUGACGCUGAGCUGCGUCGCCACCAAGAAGAACCGCCCCGACGUCUCCCUCGAGCUCUCCGCGGCGCCUUGCCGCGCGUGGUUCGUGCCGUCGCAGGGCUCCUUCCCCGCGGCGCACUGCAUCCAGUUCCGCGGCCGCCUCCACCACACUGGCGCGUCCUCCGCGGCGGCGGCGGGGGAAGAGAGGGAGGGCGUGGGGUCGCAAGAGCAGCAGCCGCAGCAGCAGCAGCAGGGGUUUUCAGAGGAGUUCGUGUGUACGCUGGAGGCGCGGGAGCGGUUCGGGUCGGUUCCAGCGGACAACCAGUGGCACGUGGUGAAGCUGUCCGCGCAGCUGGGGGGAGACGCGGGCGUUAGAGGGGGGGGAGGCGCGGGGGAGAGCAGCAUGGGGCUGAGCAGCCGGUGGGGCGGAGGGGGGGAGUAUAGCGGGUCGACAGGCAGCGUGGAUAUGCAGGGAUCCAACGGGCAGGCGUCGCACCGUCGCAGCACGUCCUCGCUGCUGCCUUGGUCCUUUUCAGGCAGUGGCAGUGGCAGUGUCAGAUGGGGCAGAAGCAGGAGCAUCUCAGGAAGGGGGUGA